CGGUGGAGAUUGCGUCACGUGUGACGUCAAUUCUAUUCACGCUACGACGGGAGACACAGACUCACGGUUGUUAAAACGAAGUUAUGACCGCUGCCCAGGCUAGAUAUCAACACACUUAAUGAGGGGGAUGCUUUACAAUAUUGGAAGGUUGGAAAUAUUGAGGAAAGCAUUCGUGUUAUUAGUGGCCAUCGUCAGUCUUUGCAUAGUUCUGCUGCUGCUUGUUGUCAAGAGAAAUAACUUGUUUCCGUUUGACAUCCUCGGGAAGAAAACUCAAGAACAAAACAAAUGGAUGAAGAAUGUUGUGCACACUAAAAGAACCGAACCUUUCCCGAAGGUGGAUGCUGUCAACUGCACCAAGAUCUGGAGAAACGACGAACAGGAACUGAGAGCUGCUCACGACUACCAACAGUCUCACGGGCGACAACCCACCAAGAAUGUCCACCAUUACUUACAGGAGACAGGGAACUGCACGAGUUAUCUCCUCAAUGGAGGCUUCCUGUCUGCGUCGGUUGACGAGAACGAGUUGUCUUUCCCUCUGGCAUUUAGCCUGAUUGUGCACUCUAAUGUUGAGCAGGUGGAGCGGCUGUUACGGGCAGUGUACCGCCCACACAACGUGUACUGCAUCCACCCCGACAACAAGUCCAGCGACGACUUCCACUCCAGUCUGCGCUUCAUCGCCGGUUGUCUUCCCAACGUCAACAUCGUCGAGCGCCCCCUGAGUGUGGAGUGGGGCAAAUACUCCGUGUUACAGACGGAUGUCGAGUGCAUGCGACUGCUGUGGCGACAUCCUCGCAAGUGGCGAUAUUUUAUCAACUUAACUGGUCAAGAGUUUCCUCUGAAGACCAACAAGGAGAUCGUUCGCAUUCUUCAAACCUUCCAGGGUGCGAAUGACAUCGCCGGGUGUCACGAUAAAAUUUACGACAGCCGUUGGGGGAAGUUUCUCCCGACACCCUAUAAUUUAUCAGUAAGCAAAGGCUCCGUACACAUCGUUGCGUCACGAGGGUAUGUGGACUACGUCAUCAAUAGUCGUGUAGCACGUGACUUUUACAAGUGGGUCGCCCCGACCCAUGUUCCCGACGAAACAUUCUUCAGUACCAUGAACUACAACCCGCAACUAGGCGUUCCGGGAUCACACACGGGUGAUGUUGAUAACAAGACGAGAAAACAUUUUCAACGUUACAAAGUCUGGCUAUACGGUGUUAAGAACUACACGGGUGUGUGCGAUGGUAAAGCUGUGCGGAAUAUCUGUCACUUCGGGGUGGGUGACGUCCCCCGCAUGGUUGUCUCCCCUCACCUGUUCGCCAACAAGUUUUCCUACGACUACAUGCCGCUGGCCUACGACUGUGUGGAGGAAUGGUACUGGCACAAGGUUCACCUGGAGAACGUGGGGCAGGCGCCGGCACUGAACCUCACGCCAUACCAGAUGUCGACGAUUGUGACGAAACGUUACAACGGACCCGUCAAGAUCUGGGAGUGAGAGAGACAGAAAGUGUGUGGUGAGGUUAAAGACUAUUAAAAUUUUAAUUUACAUACCAAUUUCGCUGAAUAUACUAGCUGAACACAAGGAAAGGCCUCUGGAGAUGAAACACUGUCAAAGGCAGCAACCUUCAUAACUCACAACUUUGUGUCACAUUGACCUCAGAUGCAGGAUUGAGGCUUGUGGAGGUAAAACAAUCAGAAGUGUAAAACAUGAUCUUGACAUCUUUGCUCUCACACCAAAGUCUGCGGGCUCACUAUGUUGUCUGCCUUUUGCAGCAAGUGAGCAGUGUUUGUCUAUGCUAAGAAAACUUCAUUUUGUUUCUUUCUGCAUGUGCAUAUUUCCUUUGAAUACUUCUAACCCUGAGCACUUUAGAUAAUGAGCAGCAUGGUGCUGAGUAGAAUUAAUAAAUUGUAUCGCAUUGCA